GAGCUCAGCCCUCCUCGCGCUGUCUGUAUCGAUGAAGUUGUUUCAAAGAUGGCGGACUUCCUGCCGUCCCGCUCCGUCUUAUCUGUAUGUUUCCCUAACUGUCUCCUCACAAGCGGCGAGGUGGAACAGUUACGGAAAUCUAAAGAGAUAGACAAGUGUAUUAAUCGAGAUAAGACGUAUGUAAAGAGGCUAGUAAAGAUCUUAUUGCUCGGAGCGGGCGAGAGCGGCAAGUCCACUUUCCUCAAGCAGAUGCGCAUUAUCCACGGGCAGGACUUCGAUCAGAAGGCCAAAGAAGAGUUCAGAGCCACGAUUUUUAGUAAUGUUAUAAAAGGUAUUCGAGUGUUGGUGGACGCUCGAGAGAAGUUACACAUCCCAUGGGGCAAAACGUCCAACCAGCGACACGGAGACACCAUGAUGGCGUUUGACACCCGGUCUGCGAUGGCCCACGGUCACGGCAUGGUGGAACAUAAAGUUUUCCUGCACUACCUGCCGUCCAUCCGGGCCCUAUGGGCUGACGAAGGCAUCCAGAACGCUUACGACCGCCGACGAGAGUUCCAGCUGGGGGAGUCAGUCAAGUAUUUCCUGGACAAUUUGGAUAAGCUCGGACAGUCGGACUACCUCCCCAGCCAACAGGACAUCCUCCUGGCCAGAAAGCCCACUAAAGGCAUCCACGAGUACGACUUCGAGAUCAAGAACGUGCCCUUCAAGAUGGUGGACGUGGGCGGUCAGCGCUCAGAGAGGCGGCGCUGGUUCGAAUGCUUCGACUCCGUCACUUCCAUCCUUUUUCUCGUCUCCUCCUCUGAAUACGACCAGGUGCUGAUGGAGGACCGGCAGACCAACCGGCUGAGCGAGUCCCUCAACAUCUUCGAGACCAUCGUCAACAACCGGGUGUUCAGCAACGUCUCCAUAAUCCUGUUCCUGAACAAGACGGACCUGCUGGAGGAGAAGGUGAAGCAGGUGUCCAUCAAAGACUACUUCCCCGAGUUCUCGGGCGACCCCACGAGCCUGGCGGACGUCCAGGGCUUCCUGGUGGAAUGCUUUCGCAAGAAACGCCGCGAGCAGCAGCAGAAGCCGCUCUACCAACACUUCACCACGGCCAUCAACACUGAGAACAUCCGGCUGGUGUUCCGCGACGUCAAGGACACCAUCCUGCACGAUAACCUCAAGCAGCUGAUGCUGCAGUGAGGGGACUGACCAGGACGAGGAGGAGGAGGAGGAGGAGGAGGAGGGAUUGGUGGAGGCAGACGGAAAGUGGGUGUCAAGGUGCCUUUUUCCUUACCCCCUCCCACCACAACCACUACCACCACAGCCACCAGCCCGUAAGGAGAGCGGGCAGAGUCCCUCCACCCAUGCGUCCUCCUUCCCUGACUUUGAACCGCUCCUCACUUUUGAACUUUGACUGUGUAUUAAAGCCACCACUACUACCGCCAUUUCCCCCCACGCUUGCUCUCUGCCUUACUGAGCUUGUUCACUGUGACUUAUAACAGCCACCUUUGGCUCAGAGCCCCACCCAUCCUCCCUCCGACCCUUGAAACCACUGUAAAAGCCCUCUAACCCCCCGCCCCCUCCGCUCUCUGCAGUGGAUCUCCCCGACAUCUUUCACGGUUCUUCUUCUGUACGUGUCGCUCUAAUUCACACCCACACACACUGUCCUCCUUCUAUGCUGCUCCGACCACUGUUGCUAGGGAGGGAGGGGGAGGGGCUUGUCGCUAAAAUCGUCGUUGCUGAGUAGCCGAAGUUGAAGCCACCCGUCGGCGAUGGCGUCACCCGCGACUGUUGCCAGGUGUUGCCUUCCUUUUUCAUAACUUCUUUAGUUUUGUUUCUGGUUUUUACAUCUGCUCUCCGCUGGCACUUGGUGAUGACGACACCACUGGGCCGGGUUAGGGAUUUCCUCUUAGGGCAGUGGAACGGGAAAGAACAAGGCUAACACACACACACACACACACACACACACACACACACACACACGCACACACACACGGAUAGGAAUUCCUGUUCCGACGUCCACUUAAUUGUAGUUUUCUAAUCAUUUUGUUUCUUUUUCUAAUAUAUGAAUAUACUGUAUGUACCUAUGCAUUUUUCUUUAACUUAUAUUUUAUAGGGGUUUACACUUUGUGGAUUUGUGACUGCUGAUGGACUCUGUUACAGUUAAUUAAAGGGGGAGGGGGGGGAAGGGAGGUGUACUGGAAAGAGAGCACAGACACAAACACAUUAGACCACUCGUAAAACGACUCAUCAGGCCAGCCAGUGCAGCAGGGUUAGGAGUGACACGUUGUAUUUUGCGGUUUCUCAGGGCACGUUGUGAACCACUUCUCUUUGAAGCCAGCUAGAACUGUCACGCCUCUACUCCACCCCCCAAACGAGUCGAAUGACAGAUCUCACGGUGUCUUUUCUCCUCAGAAGACGCUUUAUACUUUUUAAAAAAGUUGUGCCCAGGCCAUCUUCAACCAGGAACAUGUUUUACCAACCCUCCCGCAGUUAACGUGCUUUACCUAAUCCAGAGAACUAACUAACAUGUUGCUUCUGUCGAUCUUUGAUUUUUGUCGACGUAGCAAAGUGGGCAAGACAAAAAAUAGUCUCCGAAAAUCCCUGUAACGGGUCUGAAAGACACGAAGCCACGAAAAGCACCGGUUGGCCUGUAUGUUUUGGUGGCCGCCUGCCGCUGCACGCCCACUGUGUACAGUCGUGCAAGCAAACAGUAAAAGCAGUGUGGUCACAGUCGACUGGAAUCGCGGACAUGUACAGUGUCUGCCCGCACAGACCACAGCUCCAGAGCGGAACUGCACAGAGACGUAAGCAGGACGCUUACCUCUUCAGUCCUGCUGAAAUUGAUCAUUCCAAACAACGUUUAAGAAACACGGAAGUCCUGGAUUUGAUGAUUGUAUGUUGUGAGAGUUGAGAGCUGUGAAUGUCGUCUCAUUUGAAAGCUUCUCAAGGGGAACUAAGGAUAAAAGGUGAAGUUAGCAUCAGUUAAACAGUUGAUGGAUGACGUGCUCCGGGUUGAAAGUGGCCAAAUUGAUAUUAAAGCCCUGUGGAAUCUCACUCCAGAGACAAGGAAGCUUCCUGUCGGUAGGAUCACCACCUUUUAAAAUGUUCUUUUGAUGUGGCCCGAGGUGGCUCGGUCUUGCUUCUGUCGUCUCGGAUCAUUCUCGUUUCCUAAAUGGUACCUGUCGAUGCUGUCCGCCUCCCCUCUGCCAUGCAUCCUCCGUUUAAAACAAAAGGGAUAAAGCCGGCCUGAGUGUCACUAAUGAACCCGAGCAGCCGGUGCCUCGUUGUUGUGUACAGGUUAUGUACAGUCUUCUUAACUCUCUUUUCUAAUGUCUAGUGUAUCAGUAUGUAUCUCUCACACCAACCUCAAUCUUUCUAACUAGCUGAUGUAACCUCCUACACACACACACACACAUACACACACAUUUGUAUGUAUGACCAUAAGUUUUAUUUCACUUCCAUUCUAUCUGUGAAACAAGCAGGUGUUUGGCGGCCUGUCUGAAAGUGUUUUAAGAGGCGGUCCCGUUACCCAGCUUCUUCCAGAUGUUGACCACAAACAUCACACGUCAUGCUCCCCAGCUGAUGACUGCUUUCCCUGGUUCAUGCCAACGUGUGUUUGUGUGGUUUUAUGAAGUUUCUGAACCAGAAACCUUGAAUCACACUGUUUCACUUUGAACACACACACACACGCACACCCUCUCUGACUUUGUGAACGCUAGAAGCGAUCUGGUUUUUGCUCCUGUUCAGCGUUUGAUCAGCGUGAAACUCUCAGCCUUUAAGUCUUACCAGUGUAGUUUCAAGUUUUAGCUCAAUAACUACAAAUCAUUUCUGCUUUCACACCAAAUGUUGGAGCUUUUAGGUGUGUUCCCUCACGUUACAGACGUCCACUGGUUUUCAUUCAUUGUUACGUUUUGUGCAGACACAAUGUUUACCGUUACACAAUUGAAGCAAUUUAAUGUUUUCAUGUGAUGUGAAUUCAGCAGCCAGUUAUAUUUCUCAAACACUGUCAAUGAGCUCUGAAGUAUACAGGGUCUGCGGUCUAAAGGCCAUGUGUAGAAUCUGUUUGGAUCAGGUCAACAGCAGCCGCAACUAAAGACCGAAAGCUACAACUGCCACCUCCAGUUAGAAAAGUGUCACGAGAUUAGUGGCCUCAUGUUUGGGUUGCGUAUUUCUGUUGACAUCACAAUCAGUUGAAAAAUGACCAGGCGUCCUCUGAUUUUUCUGCCACACUUCGAUGUAGUUUUAAAUGAUUUGUACGACUCAAGAGACAAACCAGGCCCUCGGUGUCCCCCAUAGCUCAUAGCUGUGUCAGUGCAGUACUUCCUGUUCCUUCCCGAACAAACAAGGAGCCUACUGUCUCUCAACAUGUGCGUUAGUGUGGAGCAGUGAAGCCACGUGUGUGUGUGUGUGUGCAUGCAUUUUUGUGUCUGUGCGUGUGUGUGUGUCCAGCUCUAAAAGAGGAAGUUGACCAACAGGAUCAUCUGCCAAAAGUUUGGUGAAUUCCUCAAACCGUGCAGGGCCAGUCAGCGUUAUUCUCCCUCCGUCAGCCUGUCUGUCUGAGGAGUCCUGUCUGCUCAGACAGCCUAAAGCUAAAGCCAAGCAGAGACCUCUUUGUCUGGAUUCAGACCGUUGUGUCAUGUAAUAGCUUCAAGCCAGAAGAAAGCCUGUUGUUGCACACACACACGCACACACCAUGAAGUCACAGAACAGGCCUGUACCCUGAGAUGGCCUUUGUCCACGCUGAACAAACUUGGUUUUGAUUAUUGGAGCACAGACAGUGUAUUGUCACGCAGGAGCAGACGGUCCCACGUGCCGUCUGGCCUUCUUGCCUCUUUAACGGUGACGCUCUGAUGUGAUGUUUAACCGCCGUAUUCUUCCAAAGCACUUUUUCAGUAUUUCCCCCUCAUCUGAUGGAUACAGACUAUGAGAGAGAGAGGGGGGAUGUGGGGAACAAAAGAAGAAAUCAGUUCUGAAGAAAACAUUUAGGUCAGUAGUCUAGGGAAAAGAAUAUCCUCAGCUCAAAGAGCUCACCAGCAUUUCGGAGCUUUCAGCCUCAUCUCACAGCUUUCUUCAGUGAACGGAGCGAGCUCUAUUGUGAUUCAGGUCCGGCGUCAAAGACCACCUGAACCAGCUCCUAUCGCUUGAUAAAGACCUGGAGAUGUGUUUGAAAACUACAAAUAAGCAAAUAAGUGUCCAUAUUAGUGUAGAUGAUUUAGAUAAUUCUGACAUCGAACCCCAGAAAAUCUAAACUCUCACGUGGCCACAGUUCUCUCACCAUAAUAGUGCCUCUCCCGUCAUGUCUGUCCACUGACACUCGUUAGUCCCUCGAAAGGUUCAGUAUGGUUAAAGCAAACAAGCUCAUACCGUGUGUCACUCAGCCAUGUCUAAAAGCAAAAGUGUUCUGAAACUCCAUCCUGGAUGAGUGUCCGGACCACAUCACACUUCCUUCUCUGUGUCUUUGGAGUGUCUCAACGCUGCGAAUCACACAAACGUGGUCAGCACACACACACACACACUUUUGUUGAAAGCGUUCAUGUUGUUGCACUUAGUUUUCUUCUACACGAAAAGUGACCUGAGACAGAAAUUCAGACCCCGCCUGCCGUCACACCUCAUUACACCUGACCAAUCACUGCGUGGACUUAUUUGUCCCAAUGGCCUUUUUCAGAGAGUUCCAAACUGUGUUUUUCAGACUCCGCACCCAGACCAGCUUGGCUCUUUCAGACACUGUGGUUUGUGCUGCGCUUUGCUCGUCGCAGUGUCAGAGUGUCUGAAAGGGCCGUUUCUGUCGGGGGCCUGUAUGUGUUCUCUGUCCUGUCGGCUUUGAGACGGGUGACAGGGUCACUGUUUUGAAUGAGUCACAUGUUCACCAUCUUUCUGCCUUGUAAGCACCCACAUGGAUUUGUCACCAGUUCCCAGGAACUUGGGCCAUCGUAACCCCCGGGAUCUGAUGAUCAGCCUUUCCGAUCUGGGAACCAAGAGGCCUUGUUUGAUUUCUGCUCCCAGAGGUCUGCUCAUUAAGACUCUGCCUUUGACUCUGCCUUCUAAGCUUUCUGUGAUACUGGUUUUUGAACACUGCGUCUUGUGUAUGUUCUGUGAAUCCCGACAUUACUCUGGUGACUGUAACAGUAUGAAUCCAGUGUUCAGACGGUGUUUUUUUCCUGGUCCAACAUUGAGCGGUUGUAUAUACCUGUGAGAGGAAACCAGUGUCACCUUACAUAGUCCAAACUAUGCAACAGCACUGCUCCACAGCCAUGACUUGGUAUCAUGUUGUUUUAAAAAAAAAAAAUCAUGUUGGGACUGACUGAUGAUUCUCUUAAUGCCAGUGUCUUAUAGAAAAAAAAUUAUCUCUAAUCACGUCAGGACAAAACAAAAUCUGCAAAUGAUUUGCCAAACAUACCGAAGUUUAGUGCCUCCUGUUCAAAGCUCUGCCUCUACUGUCAAUCAUGUUAACAAAGGUUUCGUGCCAUCUUUUUUUUUUUUCUUUUGUAAAUGAUGCCACAAUCUGUUUGAUGUCCUUAUCGAAUAAUUCAGAUAAAACAUUACUCGUACCAGUUUUGUUAUUUUCA